GCGACAAGCAACGGCAGGAAGCAAGAAAGAGAGAGAGAGAGAGAGAGAGAGAAGCACGACACGGCAGCGCCCACGCGUCAUCGCGCAUUCACGCACCGCUCUUCGCGUCGCCUCCCCUCCCGCCCUCUGGGUCGUGCGAUGUAAACACGGCGGCCGGAGUUCGGCAGCAGGUGGUCGCAGAUGCCGAACGUCGUCGCGGCGUGUUACGUCGGUCGCGCGCGCUCCGACGUGGUGCGACACUACCACUAGAGGACGCCCGGUCCCCCCAGGAGGAGGUCGCGCCGCGUCGUCGCGGCGAUCGACAGUGAUCGUGACACAGUGCAUGACGUCCGUUCGUUCCCCCGCGUUCUAGAGAUCGCGCGACUGCAGUGCGUUAUUAUAUACCGUUCUUCGGCGGACGGUGCAGUGAUCUCUCGUGCCAGCCCGGGUUCGAUUGUGCCGGAUCGAGAGGAAGAGGGAGAUAGAAGGAGAGAAAGACGGGCAGAAAGAGAGAGAGAGAGAGAGAGGCAGCUCGCCGGUGUCGUGGGAAACGGAGCAACGCCAGCGGAUCUAUCGGUAAGGAAGCGUUUCUAUCAGCGUCUCGGAACCGAGCGCGAGUGUGCUUGCGGGAAAUUACAUCACCGGUCGUGACUGAGCGGGAACGCCACUGUGCUCUUAGAGCGGCGAGAUUACAAAGUUACACGGCGAACGGUGGAUAGAGAGGCGGCUGGUGAAUUUCAGAUGUCCUCUGGUCGGUAGCUGGAAUGCGCGGUUGCGCGAGGCGAGCCAUCGCGAGGAAGGACAGACUUGUGACGCGGGCAGGGUGGAACAUUGCUGUCGGAAGAGGAGACACGCGCUCCCUCAUCUUGCGAGAGAGACAGAGAGAGAGAGAGAGAGAGCCAGCGAUAUAUAAUAACGACCUACGGCAUCGCUCCCGAUCCGAUGCAAGAUGAAUGGCGAAUCGUGCACACCAUAGAGACGCCAGGUAGGCAUAGAAAUGGGCAACAACAGCAGCAGCUCCCAUCAAUAUUGCGCGUCCAAUGGGCCGUCGCAUGAGAUUGGACGCGGGUGGACGCAGUCGUUCCCCCGGGAGCUGGCCAGGCAUCAUCCUCAGCAGCCGGGACACAAGGUCCUGCCGGAGCCGCCCAAUCAGCGGCUGCGCGCCACCAAUAAUGGAAGCAUCAUUCACAACGGGGGAACCAUAAGCGGCCGCAGGCCGCCGGCCCUCACGCUUCCGCACGACCUUAAUAAGCAGGGAAUAUUCCGCAGUCGCAGCACCUCGGCGUCGAACAUUGGCGCGUCGCGCGGCCGCAGGCUCGAGCAACACCGUUGCUGCCACCACCGGAACGAGUCGUGCUGCAUGGAGAACGAGAUGCAGGAACUCAAAAGGUUCGGCAGCGAGCCUGAUCUGCGGUACUCGCCUAUGGAACGAGAGGCACGUUGCAAUGGGAAACAGCACGCGAUGGAGCACCGGCACUGCGGAAGCGGGCAUUAUCCUGAGAGGGACUCUAGGGAGCGAGAGAGCCGAUACAAGGGCAAGAAAAAGUACAAGGCGCCGGCGCCGCCGUCGAACGGCCUCGUGGACGGUUCCUCUCCGGAUUCCUACAGUCAGGAUCGGCCAGCCGGCUGCCGCGCCGAAGAGGAGGUCCAGCCCCAGCCGCCGAGGCGGUCGCGGCUCUUCAAGACGCGCGCGGAGACGAAGAGGGCGCAGGUCAACUGGCUCUCCACGUCGUCCUCGCAAGCGAACGUGCAGGCGAACUGCGAGAACCUCAACGGCCCGGAACACGAUCGGCGGUGGCGGGGUGGCGAAGACCCACGCAACGGCGCCGGCAACAAGGAGAACAGGCUCGCCUGGCGCGGUCAUCAGCAGAGCGGCCAUCACCAGCAGGAGCGAUGGUGUCGAGAAGAGCAGAGACGCACGCGGCUUCUCGACGGGAAGAACACGCUGCAGCGGAGCAUGAGCAGCCCGGAGUUCCAGGCGGAGCUGAUGCAGGUCGCCCGGAAGGUGCGCAACAAGCUCAACUGCGGCGGGAGGUCGUCCGUGGACUCGGCGAAGGUCGCCUCCCUGGAGCGCGCCAGUGACGCCGAUCGAUGCGGCAAGGAGCCGAAGGUCGAGGAGUCGAAGAGGCCGGAGAAGCGCUCGGCGAGGAACGAGGAGGGAUCGACCGAGGGGCAGCGCGUGAUGAUCGAGGACAGGAUCGUCGAAGAGAGGCGGCUGAUCGAGCGUUGCGCUCGAUCCGAGACGAAGGUGGCCGCCUACGACAAGGGGAACGCGAGGAUCGACAAGGAUUACCUGGAGGAGAGGCAAGCGGAGGCGGGCUCGGGCGGCAAGAGACGACUGGUCGAGAAAUCGACGACGUUCGAGGAGUCGCCGACCAGCCGGGAAGUUGGGCGAAAAGGCGUCAAGGAUCGGCUGGAGCCGGCGGGACGGCCGACGGUCGAGAGGUCCCUCCCGUCGGAGAAGGAGCGGCGGGAGCUGAUGGAGGAUUACCAGCGGGCGAAGAGCGUGGCGAAGACUCGGAAGUACGAGCAGACCGCGGAUCCGGGAAGAAGCAGGUCGGAGAGCCCGGCGAUCAAGGCCUGCGGCCGAGUAUCCUCCGCGGAUCCUCGCGGCCAAGGUUCCGGUAGGGAGAGCACGCCCGAGCGCACGGAGGCCAAAGAGAGAGAAAAGGAGAGUUCAGAUCGUAGAUGGCGGAAGAGCGACGCUAGGAAUACUGAUGGCGCGCCGGACGAGAGGAGGUGGCCCGAACCAGUUCCCGGGACGGAGAAGAGGGACGCGAAAUCCAAAGAGAAGCUCGCGAGGAAGGCAGAAGCCAAGGAAGCGCGCGAGAAAAAUUGGCACGUAUUACCGUCGCCGGAGAAGUCCGCCCCGAGGACCUUCUACUUCGGUAUGGACGACGCGCUGUCGAACGAGCCGCGAAACUGCGUGGACCAGCAGAUGGAGCAGAUUCAGACCAGGUUGCAGGCCAGAGAAGUCAACGGGUCGAGCGAGUGCGGGCUCGAUUACACGGACGACGGGAAAAGCGGCAUGGAGGACAUCUCGUUGAAAUUGCGACCUACGCUGCCGAAGAAGCAACUGGAGAUACCACGAUUUUCACCGUCGGCCGCGUGGAGAUUGCUGUCGGCGCUGGAGGCGCCUGGUCCCACCAUGAGCACAGCGAGCGAGGAAAUUCCGGUGAUGUUCGAGGAGCGCAUCGAACGCCUGUCGAGGCCACCUCCGCCGCUGAUCGCUCUCGGUCCGCGAAGCUCGCACGACAAGUCGGGCGACUCCGGGAUAUCCGGUGACGCCGGAGCGGCCAAUGACGACUCCCUGGACGUCAGCACCACCAACCGACUGAAGACACCGGCGACGAGGCCGACGUGGACUCCACAGCAGGACCUGGGUGAAGAGUCGAGCAGCGACGCCGGGGUGGAUUCACCGCCACCCAUGCCGACUCCGGUGAAAUUCCCACCCAGGGCGCACGUGUUCUCGCUGUCGUUGCCGCGCGACGACAACCGUAUGUACCUGUACAACCCCGACGUGAAGGGUAAGGAAGGCUCGACGUUCAACUCGCUGCAAAAGCUGAAGAGGUCGGUGUCGGGCGCCCUGGGGCUCGGGCCGCUCGACCUCGAGAGGAAACGCACGCGCGACGUCCUCGACGACAAUUGGCUGUUGUCGACGAGCGCCCCGACGUCGUUGCAGCACACUCAGAUCACGGACGCCACGCGAUCCUCUCCGCCCGGCUGGAAGCCCAGCUUCGACGACGAAGACGACGACGACGAGGACUUGGAGGUGGACCUGGAGGAUCGCAGUGACUUCCCCGUGAUAAUGAAGCCGCCUUCCUUCUCGUAUCUGGCCUCCGGUGGGCACGUGAUGUAUCUUCCCGAGUCCAACGACUCGCAGUACCAGUCGCAGAGCUUGAACUGCAGGAGCAACGGGGACAACGAGAAGAACUCCGGCAGCAAUUGCGGGCCGAAGUAUCGCAAGAACGGCGUGGACGAGUUCAGGAAAGCCGGCAAGGACGCGGACAGGACGAACAAGUACUCCAAAGAUUCGACCGUGCUGAAGGACAAGCCGUUCGCGAGCGACGGCAAGAUGAGCAACAAAUUCUCCAAGUCGUGCGAGAACAUCUCCACGGAGAUGAAGCAGCGAAGCAGCUCGCCGCCCAACGGCGGCCAGCAGAACCUGCAGGACGACAAGGAGAUCGCGCCGGAGGUGAAGCUGCCGUUGAAGAGCAACUCGAAGGGUCGCAGGUUCACGUUCCAGAGCACCGUGAGGCAGAUCGAGCGGCGCAGAUUAGCGGAGAAGCUAUCGCGCGAGGCCGAAGCCAAGGAGAGGCAGAGGAAGGGCGAGCUGGAGGCGAUGCGUAAAGUGGAGGAGGAGUUCCAGCGGAAACGAGCCAGGGAGAAGGCGAACAUCAGGCAGCAGCUUCGCUUGUACAGCAUGGACGAGAACCUGAGCAGCUUGCCCACCGUGUGGGACAACUCGCAGUUAUCUCGCGCGGAUCCUGAUGGCGCGCCUUCGUCAUCCGCAUCGUCACCAACGUCGGUGCCACCGGCGAAACUGACCACCAUACGGAAGAGCAGCGUAAGCAGCGACGAGUACCUGCGCAAAAGAGCCCCGAGCGCGGACUCGAGGCAACAUCAGCAUCAUCAUCAGCAGCAGCAACAGCAGCAGCAGCCGCAGCAGAGGGAGUACAAAGAUUAUCGGCCAAAGUACUACGACUGGGCGCCGGAGUCGUCGUCGCACCUGGAAUACAAGCAGACCACGGUGCAUCCCAAGGUGGUCUGCGACAUCCCCAAGAGCUCACCUGUCUUCGUAGAUGCGAACACCAGCAAAGCCGCGAAUCUGAGCUCCACGCCUAGGUCCGAUAAUUACAGGAAAGAUUUUGCUCACGGGGCCGUGGCAGCGAGAUCUUCCUUGGCGAGCAGCGACAGCGAGCUAUCGCAACCGAACACGAGACCGCAUUCCAGGCAAGCCGGCGGCAAGAGCAAGCCCCUACGCUCUAGGUCGGCUAGCCCAGAGCGCAGCGAGGAGGCCGCCAGCUCGGAGGACGAGAGUCCGGUGGAGCCGGUCAAGCAGGAACGAAACCCUAUGAACGGCUUCGUGUUGAACGCAGUGCAGCCCUUCGUCAGGGAGAAGAGCUAUCGACCCAUUUCCUUCAAUCCACAGCCACCUCCGCCUAUACCGAGUUAGAGGCCCGUUGGAUCUUGCAAGCGAGACGAGCUACUCUCGAGAUUCUCCGGCGAAGUUUCCCACGGAAAUCCGACGCGUCACUUGUCUCGAAAGCGUACAUCUAGAGUCCUUCAAGUAAGAGUCUGACCAUCCUCGACUUUCUACCGACUGGUCUGGUUCCUUAUAUUUGAUCAAAAAUUGCGGAAGUGAGGAUUGUCAAAUAAAUGAACUCUAUUUGUAACUAAAUGUCAUUUCAAGAUGGGAGAUGAAUAAUAAUAAAGUAAUGGAAAGAUUAUUUUCUAAGAAAUUAAUAAAUCAAUUUUUAUUAAUAAUAUUAUAUAUGAUAAGAUACAUGUGUGUGUAACAUAAAUAUCGUCAGAAAAAUCUUCAUAAAUAAGGAACUUUUAGUGACAAAUCAAGCACCAUUCCUCAUCAAAAAACAGGAAAUGGCCGAACUCUUAAUUGAGGGACUCUGGAAACAUCGGAUUCGAGAGGAGGAGUACUGUUCCCCUCGUGGACCUUCGGCGCGCAUCCCGUAUAGAUUUAUCUGAACCAAAAAAAACGUUCGAAGGCGUCCGUAGAAUGCCGAUAGUCCGAGUACGUUGAGUAGUCUGCCGAUUCGUCGAGGAAAUCUCGCGCGAAAGAAGUGUCUCGAGCGAUUCGAUCGGAGGAGGAAUAGCUUUCCGUGCUCCGAUUUAGAAAGUGCUCCUCGAAUUUCUUUAAUGUUUCCCCGAUGCGCGAGUGUAUAUAUAACGGAUCGCGCGAAAGAGACAACGCGCGACGUAGUAAUCGUUCUUCAUGCAGCAUUAUUGUACGUGGAACUAAUGUCAAGUAAUAUUUCUAUGGUGUGUAACAAGUAACACGAUCUAACUCCUAACCAAAUGUGUUCCGUACGACUCCCUCGGUCUACGUCCAUCUACUAUUUAUGUUUGUCAUAUAAGCAUUAACAAAAAAAUCAAGAGUGGAAUCAAAGAUCAUAAGCUUGCUACGCGAGCGUGCGCGCGUGCGUGCGUGCGUGCGAUGUCGUUUUAUAACCAGUUUUAUGAAACCACGUCGUCGGUGAGAACCAGUAAUACCGGGUACAUUACUCAACAGGUUUAGGGCAGUAUUUUGUAAUUAUGUACAGAUAACAAUUGCGCAGGCGAACUGCAACUAUUUGCUCAUGUAAUGUAAUCAAACAAAGGAUAACGUUGUUAA